AAAAGUCAACCAAGCCCUGCCCCUAAAAGAUUAAGGCAUGUACCCCUGCCCCUGCCUCUUCAUCUUUUUCAUUCCACUGAGGAGAAACAUGUUCCCCUGCCCCUGCCUCUUCAUCUUUUUCAUUCCACUGAGGAGAAAUUAGUGAUCACCAGUAUGAAUCAAGUUGAGGCAGAAAUCGGAUCGCAAAAUGACUGGAACAGUGAAACAAAAGCUUUUGAUGAUACCAAACUUGGUGUAAAGGGACUCGUGGAUGCCGGGGUGACAAAGAUCCCUCGUAUAUUCAUCCAUCCACAGCAUUAUCUCCAGGAUAAGUUAGUUUGUGAGGAUUCCCAGUUUAGUAUUCCAACCAUAGAUCUUCAGGGUGUCACUAGUGAUGCAAUUUUAAGGGCCAAAGCCAUAGAGAAGAUUCAAAAUGCUUGUGAAAAAUGGGGCUUCUUUCAGAUAGUCAAUCAUGGAAUUCCCAAGAGUGAUUUGGAAGAGAUGCUUGCUGGGGUACGGAGAUUUCAUGAGCAAGAUGCGGAAGUGAAGAAGGAGUUCUACACACGCGAUCUCAGAAAAAAGGUGUUAUUCCUAUCCAAUUUUGACCUAUUUCAAGCUCCGACAGCUACCUGGAGGGAUACCUUGGCUCUCGUUAUGUAUCCUAUUCUACCAGAACCCGAAUCAUUGCCUACAGUAUGCAGAGACAUAGCGCUGGCAUACUCAAAGCAAGUACAGAGAUUGGGGAUUACUCUGUUCGAACUACUGUCAGUGGGUCUUGGACUCAAUCCAAACCAUCUGAAAGACAUGGAGUGUGCUGAAAGGCUUUCCUUUCUGGGUCACUAUUACCCAGCAUGCCCUGAGCCUGAAUUGACACUGGGCACCAGUAUUCACUCCGAUGCUGACUUCAUGACCAUACUUUUACAAGACCAACUGGGUGGCCUCCAAGUUUUUCAUGAGAAUCAGUGGGUCGACGUUCCCCCCAUCCCUGGAGCACUAAUAGUAAAUGUUGGAGAUUUUCUCCAGCUUCUCACUAACGACAAGCUUAAAAGCGUCCAUCACAGGGUAAUUGCAAAACAAAAAGGCCCAAGAAUUUCAGUGGCAUGUUUCUUUAGAACAGAAUUUUUUGAGCCAGGAGAUAACUUAAGAAGUUAUGGACCAAUCCAAGAGUUGUUAUCAGAGGAAAAUCCUCCAGUGUACAAGGAAACCACUGCCAAUGACUAUCUGAAGCACUACUACUCAAAAGGGUCUGGGACUUCUUCACUAUUGCAUUUGAAAUUGUGAAGUUGGCCAUGGGGUUUGCUUUGGUAGCCCAAAAACUGGCUGCUGCAUGUCAAAAAUUAUGGGUGUAGUGCCUCAACAAAUUUCUAGCUCUUCCAUGCUUAUUAAAUUUAAGCAUUCUUUCCAGCUUACCUGGUUUUUGUUUCAAUAUUAAAUGCUCUCAGCAUUUAGAAUU